UCCAGGGUCGCAGCAGGAAGGGGGACGGGGGUAGCGGCGGCGGGGGUGACGGGUUCGGGGUCGUCAGCGGGGCGGGGGCGCGGCCGAGCGGGAGUGGGGGGCGUGAGGCGGGCGGAGAGCGAGGAAGGAACGCGCCCCUCCCGAGCAGCCAAGAUACAGACGCCCCCCCCGCCGUAUGAGGUCGCCCAGAGUCAGUCGUAUUACCAGCUGCCCCCCAGUUAUGAAGAGGCCCUCGCCAACUCCCUCUCCCGCGUGAGGGUAUCGCCGCCCCCCAGCCAGCAGCCCCCCGCACCGCCGCCCCCCAGCGUCACCCCCCCGCGAGGCCCCAUCCUGCCCCCCAGUGUGACCUCCACGGCCGCCCUCCUCCCCGUCGGCAUCCUAACCAGCCGGCCGUCACGGGUUCUGGAAGAGCAGGCGGCGGUCCUCGAGGCACAGAGGGAGGCGCAGAGGCAGGCACGGCGCGAGGCACAGCUGGAGCAGGAAAGAGACAUGGAAAGGCAGAGGAUUCGCGAGCUGCAGUUGGCGCAGUACUGUGGGUGCGCUAAGUGUCAGAACCUCUACUACAGCUACUACUACGAUGACCCAAUGAACGAUGGGGGCGCCUUCCCUAUGGAGACUCAAGUUCUAAUGCAAGAGGUUCUCACUGAUGGACUUGCCUUCUGCAGCCUCAUGUAACAAGGAAGGCCGUGGUUCUAGAUUCCCAGGCGCUUCAGGCUUCUCCAAUGACUGUUUUUGAAGACCACAGAGAUAGGAUGAAGAAGGGAAGGGAAGGGAAGGGAAGGGAGAUGAAAAUGGGUGACGGAGAGACAAUUCAAGCUUCCUUCUUCUACGACUGUUUUUAAAGACCACACAGAGAAGAGAGUUGAAGAAAAGGGAAGGGAAAGGAGAAGAAAAUGGAUGAGAUAGACCCUUCAGGCUUCCUUCUUCUACGACUGUUUUUAAAGACCACAGAGAUAGGAUGAAGAAGGGAAGAAGGGACUGAAGAAAAGGGAAGGGAAAGGAGAAGAAAAUGGAUGAGAUAGACCCUUCAGGCUCCCUUCUUCUACGACUGUUUUUAAAGACCACAGAGAUAGGAUGAAGAAGGGAAGGAGAAAAAGGGAAGAGAAGGGAUGGGAGAGAAGGAGGAAGAGGAAACGUUAGAUAAUGAAGCAAGCUAUGUAGAAAUGAGCACAUCAGAACGUUUGAAAAUAUAAACACUAUGCACUGAGAAACGUUUGAGAGUGGGUGAAGGAAACGUUUGAUAGAGUGAGUUAUGGAAACGUUUGACGAGAAGUUAGACACGGAAGGUUAUCUUAGAGGUGUGUAGAGUACUAGGAUGAAUUUAAGACAAACAAAGACUUACAGAAACACAGAGAAACAGAAACACACAGAGAUACAUACACUUACAGAGAAACACAAACACUUCCUUAGAAACGGAAACACUUGAAUAACAAACACAGAGAAACAGAAACACUCACAGAAACACACACUUACAGAGAAACACAAACACUUACAGAGAAACAACAAUGGGAACACUUGAAUAAGAGAGAAACACACAUUUACAGAGAAACACAAACACUUAGAAACAGGAACACUUGGAUAACAGAAACCAGGGAAACAGAAACACACAGAGAAACACAAACACUGGAAAAGAGACUAGAAAGAACUCUAUGGUAUAUUCAACCCACAUUUCAUUAAACUCAUUCCGGGCUGACUCGAUGUACUAAACUCAUUUCUAAUUUACGCUACAUGGGAAAACUCUAUGGUACUUGCCAGCCACGUUUCACUAACCACCUCCUUUGUUUAUCAUCUGGUCAGUUAGUAUGUAAACUCUAUGGGACCCCACAGCCACAUUUCAUUAUCUUCCUACACGGCUAACAUGCAUGGGUGAAAUACUCUACGGUUUCAACUAGCCACAUUUCACUAACCACCUCCUUUGUUUAUCAUCUGGUUAGUUAGCCUGUAAACUCUAUGGGACCCAACAGCCACAUUUCACUAUCUUGCUACACGGCUAACAUGCAUGGGUGAAAUACUCUACGGUUUCAACUAGCCACGUUUCACUAACCACACCUUUCCUUUAUGUUAGUUGGUUAGCUUGUAAACUCUGUGGUGCGCCCCAGCCAUGUUUCACUUACCUUGGAUAUUGUGUUACUUAACUUGGAGUCAUUUGUGCAUCUCAGCCAUGUUUCAAUUCAUUCUUGUUACUCAGUCUAAAGUCUAUGGUACACCUCAGCUAUAUUUCACUUACUUACCCCAUUCUUGUGUUACCCGAGCCCGAAUCUUUCUUACCCUCCUGGUAGUUUGCUCAUUCAUUUGUACCGUGAAUAAAAAGAAACUCAUCUCCUUUUGUUGCCUUUGAAAAUAGUUGAUGAGAGAAGCGGAGAAGCGUCUGAGAAUGUUGACCGUGGUGUGCCUGGGAAGUGUUAAGAUUUCCCUCUCUUUUGUCGAGGGAAGAAGAGAAAUUAAGAAUAAAAUAAGUGAAUGUCGACUAGGAAUAUGAACGCUGAAGUAUUGAUAUGUAAACAUUGAUGAAUGAUAAAGGUCGACAACUAUAGGAAAAAUAAUUGAAUGUCAAAUUAGGAAUAUAGAUGAAAGAAGGAAGAAGAUAUAUGAACAAAACUAUGUAAAGGUCAAAUGGAAAUGAUAGUUUUAAGAAGGAAAUUCAUAAAUGGGGGAAUUUAUGUGAAUGUGAAACUAGGAAUAGAGACUAAUGAAGUUGAUGAAUGGAGGAAAAUAUCUUAAUGUCAAACUUGAAAUAUAAACAAAUGGAGGAAGUUAAUAAAUGAAUAAAAAGCGUAAUUAGAGAAAUGGAAACAUGUGGAUUAGAAAUAUAGAUGAAGGAAAACAUCUGAACAUCAACCAGGAAUAUAAACAAAUGAAGGAAAUUGAUAAACGAAAACACAUGAACUGAAAUUGUGUCCAUAGAGUAAAGAAAACACGUGAGUAUAGACGAAAGAAAAUACGUUGGCAUUGUAAACAGUGUAAGGAGAAAUUGUUUGACGAUUAGAAAAAUGUGAAAAAUGAAAAUAAUUGUAAAUAUCACGAUGAGAAACUACUUGAUUAGAAAAGAUAAGAAAUUAGAUAGGAAAGAUUGUGUGUGAUGAAGCAACUCAGAUAUUAAGGAAACUAUAGAGAAAUAAGAUUAUGUAUUGUUGAACGAAACUUUGAUUUGAAACUAGUUGAUAAGAUAUGUUAAUAAGAUCGUAAGUACUAUGAUGAAACUGUGUGAUUUGAACUUGUUGAAGAGAGAGAAAUAAGAAUAAGCCUGUAAAUACUAUGAACGAAACUUUGAUACGAAACUAGUUGAUAAGAUAUGUUAAUAAGAUCGUAAGUACUAUAAUUAAACUGUGUGAUUUGAACUAGUUGAAAAGACAGAAACAAGAAUAAGACUGUAAAUACUAUGAACGAAACUUUGAUAUGAAACUAGUUGAUAAGGAAGAUAUGUGAAUUAAGAAAGAUCAACCUUAUUUAGACUACUGUUAAGAGAAGGGUGUUAGGUUAUUGAAACACCUCACUCAUAAAGAAACUAAAGAAAAAUAAGACUGUAGAUAAUGUUAGUAAAAGGAUGAGUGUGAUAUGAAACAGUUUGACUUUAGAGAAACUGAAGUAGAAGAUUGUUAUGAAAAACCUCAGUUAUCAAAGAAAGUAAAGAAAUGAAAAAUUGUAAAUAAUAUACAUGAAAAGAUGAGUGUGAUAUGAAACAGUUUGACUAUAGAGAAACUGAAGUAGAAGAUUGUUAUGAAAGACCUGUUAUGAAAGAAGGUAAAGAAAUAAAAAAAUAAUAAAUAAUAUACAUGAAAAUAUGAGUGUGAUAUGAAACAGUUUGACUUUAGAGAAAUAUAAAAAGAAAAUGUGUAAUGUAAAGUGUGUUUAAGUGUGUGUGAUAUCAAAUAAAGUAAAGAAAUAAG